AUGGCCGCCACGCAGAAAGCCCUUGUCGUCACCGCCCCCGGCAAGCUGGUCCAGGUCGACGACUGGCCCGUCCCCGAGCCGGGCGCGGACGAGGUGCAGGUCAAGGUCUCGGUCGCCGGGAUCAACCCGCACGACGAAAAGGCCCGCGACUGGCUCCUCUUCAUCCAGGACGACCUCCCCGCCGUCGUGACCAACGACGUCGUCGGGACGGUUACCAAGCUCGGCCCCGGCGUCACCGGCCUUGCCGUCGGCGACCGCGUAGUCUACCAGCCGGGCUUCACGCCCGGGUCGCGCCAGAACGGCCUGCAGGAGUACGCCGUGGCGGAUACGUUCGCGCUGGCCAAGAUCCCGGACUCGGUCACCGACGACGAGGCCGCCACCCUGCCGACCAACAUCAUCGCGCCCCUAGUCGCCCUCUUCGAGACGCUGCAGAUCCCGGCGCCGUGGUCGCCGGCCGCCAGGGACUUUGACUACGCCGGCACUUCGCUCCUCGUCGUCGGCGGCGGCACCAACUGCGGCCGCUUCGGCGUGCAGCUGGCCAAGCUCGCGGGAAUCGGGCGCAUCGUCGUGGUCGGCGGCGACGAGAAGGAGCUGAAGUCCUACGGCGCCACGCACGUCAUCGACCGGCAUGCCGGGUACGACACCAUCCUGUCCCGCAUCCGCGACGUGGUAGGAGACGACCUGUUGUAUGCAUUUGACACCAUCAACCCAGUCGAGGGCCUACCGCUCGGGCUCAACGCCCUCUCGAGCCACAAGAAGGGCGCUCUGGCGCGCCUGUUGCCGCGCGGCGACGUGGAUGCGUCCAAGGUUGUGGGGAAGAAGGCAGGAUAUGAUGUGCGCGGUGUGUUUGGCAGUUCGCACCAGUACCCCGAGCUGGCCAAGGGCUUCUGGGCCAGGGUGCCGGAGUACCUGGAGAGCGGACAGAUCAAGCCGUUGGGUUACGUCGUGAAGGAGGGGCUCCGGGCGGAGAAUGUCAACGAGGUGAUGGACGCGUAUAGGGACGGGAAGCGGGUUACCAAGACGCAUAUCCAUCUGUAA